CAUUCUCUCUUGGAAGAUACAGGACUUGGAGCAACCCAAUUGGUUAUUUAAACUCAUGCGUUGAUUAAUCUCUGCAUAGUGGCACCCGUAUCAUAGAUCAUCAGCCGUCGACAAUUCUCAUCAGGCUUUGGGCAUUAUCACUAUCAUUGUCUUCAAUUUUCCAUCAUGGCAAUCAAAGUAUCCGGGCCGCCUCCGCCAAUUGAUUCGUCGUAUAAACCCACAGCAUCUAUCACUUCGUUGCCUUCCAACGCUCCACUUCAGGAUAUCCUCGACGUCAUAGAGCGCGAUGGCGGUGUAAUCUUGACAGACCUUGUCGACAGAGAAGACCUUGCUGCCAUUGAUAAGGAAGUCGAAGAGCACCAGAAGAAUGUCCGCUCGACGGAGAAGAGCGCGUUGCAUAUCAUCCCUAAGGAAACGACUGCCAUACCCGGUCUUGUUGGCAAAUCACCGACAGUGGCCAAACUCUGCGAGCUGCCUGUGUUGGACAAGCUUCGGAAAUCCAUUCUCCAAGAUAACUUCAGCGUCAUACGUGAGGAUCAUCUCGAAGAAAACAGCAUCGACCCACUGUUGAGCAUCAGCAUCACCUUUCAUAUCGGCUAUGGCGCACCUCGUCAAAGGCUCCACAGGGAUGACAACGUUCAUGGGACCAGGCAUGGGGACAACUUUGACCUCAAGAAGGCUGGCCAAUUCGCUUGCUUGAUCGCAGGGACUAAGACUACCCGUGAAAAUGGCGCAACGAUGUUUGUUCCAGGCUCCCAUAAGUGGGAUGAUGAGCGGCCUCCACGCACUGAUGAAGUCUGCUUCGCUGAGAUGGAGCCAGGUUCUGCAAUCAUAUUCCUGGCUUCCUGCUACCAUGGCGGAGGUCACAACUCUGUCAAAGGUGAAGUCCGCAAAGUCCAUGGGCUUUUUUUCGUGAGAGGUACUAUGCGCACGGAGGAGAACCAGUUUUUGGCAGUACCAAGAAGCAAGGUUCUCACAAUGAGCGACAAGAUGCUCUCACUCUUGGGAUACAAGAAACCCUCUACUGUCUUGGGUAUUGUCGAAAACGAAGAUCCCGUGACGGACUUGCGGGGUUUUCUUGAUCGAGCAGGCCAGUAGUGUCGAGCAGGUGGAGACGUUGGGUAGCUAGUCUUGACAGUGUUCUUUUGUGUAGGUAUUGCAUUACGAGAAAAAAAUUCCAGUGUCCUUUUCUUGCAUAUGGCUCUUUCCCAUAGCACGAAGAUAGUUUAGUUCGAUCGUUUUUUUUAUUUUUUUAAAUCAUGUUAUCUUAAGUCGGGAAGCUCUACUUGACUUUGAUUUAUCGUAUCAUAUAAUGCUUUUAUAACUAAAUAGUCGUUCGACGCAAGUCAUAGACUACUCUCUGUGGAAAAAGUCCAACAGAAUGUUCAGGUGAAUGUUUUCCCGUGUUUUUCUGUCGUGUUUCAUUUAUUAUUUUAAAUAAAGACUCUUGUAAUCCAUGCAAACACUUCAAUGCGCAAGAUAUCACAGGCGUUAGCUUAUUUGGCCUCCCAGAUAUCUCAUCCUUCACUUAUUGAAUACUAAGUCCCAUUUACAUCAAAGAGCUAUACAAAUUUGGCUUCCAAGAAAC